AUGACGACGAGGAUUAGGAGGAGGAGCUUUAUCGCACGGAGCAAUAUCUUUGUCCUCUUUGUUUUCUUUGUUUUCGGGGGAGGAUGGGUUGUGGAUGGAUUGAAUUCGGGGAUGUAUUAUCCAUCGAAAUUCGACGAGGAGAAGAUGCUGAGAUUAAACGAAAAACGGAUCGCGAUCGAAACGAGCGAGAUUUACGACGAUUUGAGCGGCGAAAAAGGGUCGUUCUUUGAGAACUAUUACGAGGAUGAGAAGAGAGGAAGUGAUGUUGAUGAUUUGUCCGCGAACGCGAUCGUGGAGAAGGCGUUGGAAGGGGCGAGAGUGAGUCGGGAGAGCGAGGAAGGCGAAGCUCUUUCAAACGCGAUACGAAACGUGAUCAGAGACGCCGAGAUGCAAUUGCAGACUUUUUUAGAGGCGUCGUCCUCGUCUUCUUCGGUGAAGAGGACGGCGGCAAAGACGAACGGUCCGGACGGGAACGCGAAUAUUUGGAACUACGAGAGAAACGGAGACGAAGAAGUUUUUGCGACGCCGCUGUUUCCCGGUAACGAAGACGGUGGUUUCUUCGAGGAAUUCUUUGGAGGAGGAGGAGGAGGAGGAGGAGGGCCGGUGCGACAGCCAAUCUUUGAUGCGCCGAGAUACGACGAUACGACUUUAGCCACGCAGCCUUUUGGAACAAAUCUUCCUUUGGACAACAUACCGCCUAGACCUAACGUUGAUCCGAAUUACGUGACCUAUACCGCACAAGGUUUGAUGGGCAAUUUCUUGCAGGCGUUGACGUGGAUUGUCGCGGUGCCGUUUGCGAACAACCCAACAUUUUUUGACGAUUGGCAAAGAUGUUCGACGUUAAUCAGACCGUGCACGAUUCGUGAGACGCUUUCGAGAUGUACGUAUGAACCGAGAAAUUCGUGGUACCGAGAACGACGUUCGAGAAUAAACGCUCCAGUCGGUUGGCCGUAUUGUCAGCCAGAUUUAGAGGAAGUGUACGAGUAUUGCAACGAAAUAGAGUUGCAAAGUUCCAUCUGUGACCCGAAAUUGGCCCGAGAACGGAGAGAUGUCGCGCUUUUCGAGGCAAACGCGGCGUUGGAGCAAGAGCGAUGGCGAGCGAUGUACGAAAAUGGUGACGCGGGAAGUGGUCCAUUUUGGUACGGCCCGUAUCAAGGCGGAUAUUACGGUCCGUCGCCGGGAGGCGUAGGAGGAUGGGGAGGAGAUGGACGAGGAGGAGGAGGAGGUUACCCCGGUUCAGGGAUGUAUGGAUCGUACGGGCCAAACAACAUCGGUCCGAACGGAUACGGUGGGUUUCCUUCCGGGGCGUAUCAAACAAACGGCAACAAUAACAAUAACUUUCCCGGAGGCUUGCCAACAAAUAAUAACAGGGGAGGAUAUUACGAGGAGGAGUACUAUUACGAAGAAGGCUUUAACUACCCAUACCCGGAUCCGGGGUACUAUCCGUUCCCGUAUUUAGAUCAGCAACCAAACUAUUACCACGGCGCGCGAUUGGGACGACGUUAA